AUGACUGGCGUAUUUAAUAGGUUAUUAUUAUUGCAGUCUACCCCCGACGAUAACGUCGAUAAGUCGCUCAAAAGAUCUCAUUCGACUUUGAGCAGGAUAUCUUCGUCCAAAAUCAGGAAAUUUCGCUAUCGAUUUCGCGACAGUAUGUCCUUUUCCCAGACAUUCACAGAACAGCCCCAAGAGGCAGGGAUUCAGAAACAUUACGACAUAGUCACCUUGCUUGGCAAUGCCGACCAGUACCCUGUGGAAGACGUACCUUCUCCGCCACCACCAGUCCAAAAUUACACGGUUGAGAAUCUUAAGGAUAGGCUCAUGUAUGUAGAUGGCGUUCUGCGAAACUCGCAGAGGAAGCCAUCCCCAAUCGGAACCCGAGCGCUACACAUUUACAAAGACACCUGCGCCCGACUGCUCGAUCUUGAGCAAGAGGACGGGGAGUUGACAGGCGUCAAAGACAUAUGGCGUGCAACAUUGCGGAAAUACGAUCGAUCGCUCCAAAAUACCCCUUGUCUGCAAGUGGCUUGUUCAUCUGAUGAUCAAAUCCUGCAAGAUAGGUUGAUCACGCUUCAAAAAGCCACAUUUUAUGCCAGAUACGCAGAUCUUUUCGCGGAGCUUUCUAUACGACCGGAGCCAGGAAUUGGGACAGCGGAGCAGCCAUACUGGGCUGAGAUUUGGAGGAAACUUCAAUUGGAAGACGACGCCUCCUACCGAUGUGUUUUCAAUGGCGUACAGUGUCAUCAGGAAAAUCCAACGCACUUAGCUAUCUAUCGAGCUUGGGACCGGAUCGGGCUCAGUCGCAGCAAUGUGAUUCAAACCAUACACGAAUUCGCAACAUGCAAGGAUCUAAAGCAUAUGAACAUCCUGCCCAUGGUAAAAACUGGAAAAUUCGACGACAUUAAAAAGCACCUUUAUCACGACUCUUCCAUCAUCCCACUUCUCAUUCACGGGGAUGACUGGAAACUACUCAGAUUUCUCAGCCUCGUAAUACAGUCAUUAACGGAUCUCUGGUUCGACCGCCGUAAAAUCGACCCGGAAAACUAUCAAAUGUGGACAUAUACGAAAGCGCUUAGGAGCUUGUAUAGGCAGCUCCAGGGAGAGGAUUAUUCUGUUCCGCAAGGGCAGCUGGCCUGUGAUAUUGCAAGGAAGAUCCGGAAGCGGCUACGGGACAUGGAGGAUGAAGAAAAGGCUAUGGAGACCCUUUCCAUGACCAUCGGGCCGGUACGCCCAUCAGGAAAUAAAAAGACCAAAAGGGCCGCGGUCUUCUCGGCGUCACAAGUCCGCGCAGAACGGGAGCGUGCUAUGAAAAUGGCGGCAGAUUGGAAUUAUAUCAUAAACCGUGUACAUGUUGCUGAGGAUACAUCGCACGCCUCUUGUGGAAAGUAUUCCGAACCCGCUGACCCUCUCUAG